UAUAAAGGGUGGCAGGUGAGGGCCAGGUACAGUCAAUCAACAGACGGUCAACAGCAAACAUGAACGCUAAGGUCUUCUUCAUGCUGGUGGGUGUGGCCGUGGCCCUCCCUGCCCCCGACAAGCCCGUCACCAGCUACGGCGUCCCCGCGGCCUCCCAUGAGUCCUCCUCCUUCGAGCACUUCUCCCCCGCCUCCGCCUCCUUCGAGCAUUCCGGCCAGGACUCUGACUCCUUCGAGCACUUUUCCGCAGCCUCCGCCUCCUUUGAACACUCCGGUCAGGACUCUGCAUCCUUCGAGAGCUACCGUCCCUCUUCCGCCUCCGACUCUGGCUCCGACUCCUACGAGUCCUACGAGUCCAGCGAGGCCAAGUACGAGUUCGAAUGGUCCGUAGAGGACGCCUCCACCGGCAAUGACUUCGACCACAAGGAGGCCCGUGACGGCGACUACACCCAGGGCGUGUACUCCGUGCAGCUUUCCGACGGUCGCAAGCAGACCGUCAACUACGUCGUUGAGGGCAACAAGGGCUACGUGGCCGACGUUCAGUACGAAGGCGAGGCUCGCUACCCCGACUCUUUCUCCCGCGAGUCCUACGAGUCCCGCUCCUACGAGUCCCGCUCCCACGAGUCCUUCGAGUCCUCCCACUCUGGCUCAGGCUCCGCUGAGUCCUUUGAGUCUGUGUACGCCCCUCCCCCAUCCACCUCUUACUCCGCCCCUGAUUCUAAUGAGUCCAAGUAAACUGUGACUGAGUCUCCCUGAGGCCACGCGCCUCGCGACUGGCGGCCUCUGGUUCCCUUCAUGCCUAAUCAAAAUAUGUGAAGUUUUCACGCUACUCUCAUCUCUUCCCGUUCUCUUUCCUUUGUUUAUUUAUGAGUGCACUAUUACUUAUGUAUUGCUAUUUAUUGCGAAAUAAACUCUAAGUGUUAUC